GCAUGCUAUGGAUUGUUUGGGGUCAGGGACCCACGUGACGGGUCACAUGCUCAUUCUGGGCCAUGCUGGAGUGGAUUCACAACUCGAGUCACUUUUUACCAGAAACCAACCUAUGCCAACACUGAGUCGCGUGCACACACCAGGAAAGAGCCCCAAAUCCCACACGGAAUGAACUUUUUAUCUGCUUUCCGAGCUCCUACUAGGCUAGAAGCUCAAUGGUUCAAGGUGGGCCUUGUCUCGUCAUUUCCCGAUCUUGGCAUUGACGAGGAAGACACCCACACCUUGGCGCACACUCGAACAUGCAACACCGACACAGCACCGGGAUGCAAAGUCUUCCAUAUACCAAAAGAUGAUCCUUCCUCUGGAAAUGAAGUUCCAGUCCCGGAGAAUGAAGCCGCUGGCGACAUGACAGACCAGGUCUUGGUUUUCAAACGGAAGGGAACCUUCCAUGCUAUCGACCAUCAAUGUCCACAUUCAUCCUUCCCGCUUUCUCAAGGCCUGCCCUUUGACAUUGAAGACUUUGGCAUUGUCCUGAGUGCGGGAAUCACCUGCCCAAAGCAUGGCUGGUCCUUCGACCUGUUCUCUGGAAGGGCAGACAGGGGGAACUACAAGCUCAAGGUCUGGGAGGUACAACUACGAGAUGCCGCCAACGAUGCCUCGGACAAAGAAGUAUGGGUGAGAAGAAAGCAGAGGAUCGGGUAA